CAGAUGUUAGCACUCUGUACAUUCCACCCUCUCUCUUCUCUCUCAACAGGCUUCUACCUCUUUCCUUGUCUGUCUGCGAUGGCUAUGAAGGUCAUCUACAUCAACUCCUCCGUGCUCUACAUCCAAUCGACUCUUACCCUCACCAACGCCACCAUCCCUCCGCAGCAGACCGUGUUCGAGAGAUGCAGGACCAUGCCGGCCGGGUUCAUCUUCUACCUCUGCCUGCAGUUCAUCAACCUGGUCCUGGGGCUGCCGGCCAACGUCAUGGUCCUCUGGCUGAUCCUCAGGAGAAAAGGAGACUCGUCCACCUCCGACAUCUUCAUCCUGCACCUGGCCGUGCUGGACAUCCUCUUCUGCCUCAUGCCUCCGCUGGAACUGGUCAACCUCAUGUACGUGGCGGCCGGAAAGGUCUGGACCACGUUGAGCUUCUUCUACGGCGUGAAGGACUCCUCGCUGCUGUUCCUCUCCUGCAUCUGCAUGGACCGGUACAUGGCCGUGCGCCACCCCAUCGCCUUCUCCGAGCUCAAGGACCGCUGGCACCGCAAGGCCGCGGCGGUGGGCAUGUGGGCCCUCACGCUGGCCUACGCCGCCACGUGCUGCGCCAACGUGGUGAACAACUUCGAGAAGAUCUUCGUGCCGAUGAGCCUGGUGGCGUUUGCCUUCAUGGUCUUCUGCAACGUGUCCAUCCUGUGGGCGCUGAGCCAGUCAGGCCCCGGCCGCGACGACAUGCACCCGGUGAAGAAGAGGGCCUUCAGGAUGGUGCUCAUCAUCCUCGCCAUCAUCGUCUUCAACUACCUCCCGCCCGUGGCGCUCUUCCCCUUCCAGCAGUACUUCGACGCCGGCGUCUUCGACUGCUACAUCCACAACUUUGCGUUCGGCUUCAUGGACAUCAGCAGCAGCAUCCAGCCCUUGCUCUACCUCUCUAAGGAGAAGCUGAACGUGUGUCUCUGUAGAGCCAAGGGCUCCUGCUGUGGUGGAGAUGCUGCCCAGGAUGUCAACACUUGAAAAAGAACUUGAGGGCACGUACAGCAAAACAAAACCAAUAACCCACGCACUCAGGUCUAUUUGUUGGUUUGUUUUUGAUAAGGGCACUUUAUUCUGGUUUGUUAAAAAAGAAUGUACCUGUCAUUUGUGAGUAUACUUCACUAUGUGUAAGAAGUGUAAGGAUUGAAAAGGCUGGUAGAUUGGUUUAUCAUUCAUUUGUUGGUUGGCUGUAAAAGAAACAUUUCACAAAGUUAAUUUUCAUCCAAAGGCGGUACACUAAUAUAUGUCUCAGUUGGUUUAGUUUAGUUUACUCCUGAUUAUAUCUCAAUAGGUUUAACAAAUACAUUUGUUUCAGUAGACCUAUAUAUUUAAUUGCAGAAAUAUUUUAUAUAGAUUUUAUAUUUACAAUAUUUCUAGUAUGGUGACAUACAAUUGUCUCACCUCAAUAGAAAACAUUUAUAAACAAAUCUAAAAUUGGUUAAAGGGGUCCGCAUCAGUUGUUAUUAUAUCUCUGCCACAACAUCUUGAUGGACUUUUGUAAGGAAAUUUUGAAAUAAUCACUCUAUGUGGCAGAGAGGUUUAGAUUGCUCUGAUUAUGACCAGCUUUGGGACAUUGGGGGAUUCCAGAAGUUAAGGGGGUUGACUCUGAGCCUGUGGCAACUCUAGCAAUAGAGGAGGCAUGUGGCAAACCUUAUAAUUAUA